UGUCGGAAGUGAAGAACCUCGGUGCUAACCGGCUUACCUGUCCCAUCCGCCGGUCCGCGGUGCGUCGUGUCCUGGCAUCAGCGUCCCCAGUUUGGUCCUUAUCCAGUGGAACCAGCUGCAGCUGUGGGUGAACUUUCUACAAAAUUGUGACCUUUAGAGUGAAGAUGGGAAACCUCAGAGGACUGAGUGUCUUCAUUUUUCUGACUCUUGUCGUCUUCACCACCGCCAGACCAAAAUCAGGUCCUAAUCAGAAAUGUAAGUCUGGCCCGGUGGAUCUAGUCUUCCUCAUCGACAGCUCCCGCAGCGUAAGACCACAUGAGUUUGAGACAAUGAGGAAGUUCUUGAUCGACAUCCUGAACACACUGGACAUUGGACUAGACACCACAAGAGUGGGAGUUGUUCAGUACUCCAGCCAGGUUCGCAGUGAGUUCUCCCUCAAGACACACAGCAAGCUGGAAAACAUGGUGAAAGCCAUCGAUGAGAUCGUUCCACUGGCUCAGGGCACCAUGACAGGCCUCGCCAUCAGAUACCUGAUGAAUGAAGCUUUCAGUCCUGGACAGGGAGAUAGGCCAAAGGUCCCCAACGUGGCUGUGAUUGUGACAGAUGGACGUCCUCAGGACCGUGUGGCGGAGGUGGCGGCUGAGGCCAGAGAAAGAGGCAUUGAGAUCUAUGCAGUGGGAGUGGCCAGAGCUGACAUGACAUCACUAAGAGCCAUGGCCUCCCCGCCCUUCGAAGACCAUGUCUUCCUGGUGGAGAGGUUUGACCUUAUCUACCAGUUUGGACUGCAGUUCCAGGACAAGCUCUGUGGUAUAGAUCUGUGUCUGGAGUCUGAACACGGCUGUGAGCAUCUCUGUGAAAGCUCCCCAGGAUCCUACACCUGCCACUGCCUGCCUGGAUACAGGCUCAAUGCUGAUGGGAAGACAUGCUCAGCCAUUGAUCUGUGUGCCGAGGGAAAGCAUAACUGCCAACAGAUCUGCAUCAGCUCACCUGGCUCUUUCACCUGUGACUGUAACCAAGGCUACCACCUGAAUGACGACAAGAAGACAUGCUCACCCAUUGACCUGUGCGCUGAGGAAAAACAUGGCUGUGAACAAGUCUGUGUCUACAUGGGUCCGGGCAUCUUCACCUGCGACUGCAACGAGGGAUACAGACUCAAUGUGGACAAGAAGAGCUGUGCACCCAUUGACCUGUGCACUGAGGGAAAACAUGACUGUGAACAAGUCUGUGUCUACUCGGGCCCCGGCAUCUUCACCUGCGACUGCAACGAGGGAUACAGACUCAACGGGGACGAGAAGACCUGCUCACCCAUUGACUUGUGUGCUGAGGAAAAACAUGACUGUCAACAAGUCUGUGUCUACUCGGGCCCCGGCAUCUUCACCUGCGACUGCAAUAAGGGAUACAGACUCAACGCGGAUGAGAAGACCUGCACACCCAUUGACCUGUGCGCUGAGGGAAAACAUGGCUGUGAACAAGUCUGUGUCUACAUGGGACCGGGCAUCUUCACCUGUGGCUGCAACGAGGGAUACAGACUCAAUGUGGACGAGAAGACCUGCACACCCAUUGACCUGUGCGCUGAGGGGAAACAUGACUGUCAACAAGCCUGUGUCUACAUGGGACCAGGCAUCUUCACCUGCGACUGCAACGAGGGAUACAGACUCAGCGUGGAUGAGAAGACCUGCACACCCAUUGACCUGUGCGCUGAGGGAAAACAUGGCUGUGAACAAGUCUGUGUCUACUCGGGCCCCGGCAUCUUCACCUGCGACUGCAACGAGGGAUACAGACUCAACGGGGACAAGAAGACAUGCUCACCCAUCGAUCUCUGUGCUGAGGGAAAGCAUGACUGUGAACAAGUCUGUGUGAACAUGGGCCCGGGCAUCUUCACCUGCGACUGCAACAAGGGAUACAGACUCAAUGAGGAUGAGAAGAGCUGCUCAGCCAUUGACCUCUGUGCUGAGGGGAAACAUGACUGUGAACAGAUCUGCAUCAGCGCACCGGGCGUCUUCACCUGUGACUGUAACAAAGGAUUCAAACUCAACAGGGACAAGAGAACUUGUACAAACAUGGACAUGUGCAACACGGUGAAGCAUGGCUGUGACUACCAGUGUGUAAACACCCCUGGAUCUUACCACUGUAUCUGUCCUGAAGGACAACUGCUUCAGGAUGAUGGCAAGACAUGCGGCACUUGCAAGUCUGCAAACAUCGACCUGGUGCUGCUGAUUGACGGCUCCAAGAGUGUCCGCCCUCAAAACUUUGAGCUCGUCAAAAAGUUUGUUAAUCAGGUUGUAGACUCUCUUGACGUAUCUGCUCAUGGUACCAGAGUCGGUCUGGUUCAGUACUCCAGCCGGGUCAGGACCGAGUUCCCACUCAACAUGUACCACACUGCUGAAGAUAUCAAAGCUGCAGUCAUGAAGGUUGACUACAUGGAAAAAGGAACAAUGACAGGUCUGGCACUAAAGCACAUGCUGGAAUACAGCUUCUCAGAAGCAGAAGGCGCCCGUCCAGCCAGUCGUAACAUCCCCCGCAUUGGACUGGUUUUCACAGACGGACGAUCCCAAGAUGACAUCAGCGAAUACGCCAAAAAGGCUAAAGAAGCCGGAAUCACCAUGUAUGCUGUUGGUGUGGGCAAAGCUGUGGAAGAUGAGCUGCGUGAGAUUGCAUCUGAUCCUGUGGAAAAACAUUUCUAUUACACAACAGAUUUCAGUGCCAUCAACACCAUCGCAGACAACCUCAAACUUAAUGUGUGCCCAGCGGAGAGUCUUCGGGAGGUUGAAGUAAAAGAUCCAUGUGCCUGUGAGAACCUGGUGGAGUUCCAGCAGGCCACCAUGAACAGACUGGAUCAGUUCACACAAAAACUAGCUUCUAUGGCUGCCCGUUUGGAGCAACUGGAGAACCAGCUCCUCUCCAGGAAGUGAUGUGGUCAAACAGUGUGACCACACAUGAUAGCAGGACAGCUGGAGGGAAAAAGAAGAAAAAGACUCAUCCUGAAAAAACUUUAACCAAUUGAGAUCUAUAGCAUGAGACCCCUCACAUUAAACAGAUGACUUUACAAAACCUUCACAGGUCUUAGGAACUAUGUUAGAAAAACAUGACAGUGUAGUUAAGAAUGUUGUAUUUUUUUUAAAAAACCCUCAAAACAUACCCCUGUUUUACAGUGUUCUUUUACAGAGAACAUAUUCAAUAUCUUUGUUUACUAAACAGCAUUUGUUACUGGUUUAUUUCUAACAAGCACGCCAAUCUAAGCAGGGUGUCUGUUUUUGAGUGUAUCGUAGAUAAGAGAUGUCAGGUCACAACUAAAUUAUCAGGUUUCUUUACAGUCACAAUCAUUCAGUGCGAUAUUUAUACUGAACCCUUUUUACAGUUUGACAAAAUAUGUAUUGAUGGCAGAUUGCAGUUUUUAUUUUAAUUUUUUUAACCAACAGCAGAAACACAAAGACAACAAAGAAGGACAUGCGUUCUUGAUACCACUUCUAUCAACUCUCUGGCUUAUGUCACAUAAAAUCUUUUCUUUUUUGCAUCCAGAGCAAAUUCUCAAACCAAAUCAUCAAAAAGUAGAAAUGGCUUUAAAUUAUAUAAAAGGGAAUUUAAGAAAUUUUGAGUCUUAAUGUUUACUAAAGCUGUAGUGUUAAUUCAAUACAGAAAUCUGCCAAUGCUGAAGGACUUACUGUUUUUAUUUUAUAAGAAUAUUUAUAAUUUUCAGCUUUUAUCAAAUAUUCUGAAAUAUAAUAUAUAUAUAUUUGAGAAGCUACAUUAUUUGAUUUUAGAAAUUUCAUCCUAAAUUGAAAGGAAUUUCUUCUGUUAGCAUAGAUGUUAAAUUUUUUUGGUUUGUAUCAAUAAUACCAUCAUAAAUUUAUAGCCCUUAAUUUUGGAAUAUCUGUAUAAUUUUGUAUAUUUUCUAAUAACUACUUUUGUAUUUUUGUAAUGAAUCUUUGUAUCAAACCAAAGAGGGCAAUAAA